AAAAUCCUAGCUCCGUUGUGAUCCAACGGCUCACAAUCUAUGUGGGCACUCGAUAACCUCGUGCAUCCGUACGGCGUAUGAUAGCUUUCCAACCCUGAAAGUGGUUAUCGUUCUCCUCAGUAUGCGCGUUACUCCUCCCCGCCAGUUCCACAGUUUCGUUCUCUUUCUUUGAUUUUCUGGCCCUUUUUUUGACCGUUAAAUACACAUUUCAGGUUCUCAGAUCGAGCUCCAGGUUCUUUAUUUUCCAUUUCAGCCAUCUAUCAAGGAAAUAAUGUCAGAAGGAACAAGCGUAGUUAUGGAAUCUUCUGAAAAUGGCACAGAUUUAUCUCAAGAUGAUAUCGGCACCAUAGAGGGAACACCUGACAACACAAUUUUAUCGCGACAAACAUCUGUGAACCUUGUUCCAUUUAUAGGGCAGAGAUUCAUUUCCCAAGAAGCCGCUUAUGAAUUUUAUUGCAGUUUUGCAAAACAAUGUGGCUUUUCGAUUAGACGCCAUCGUACUCGAGGCAAGGAUGGGGUCGGUCGGGGAGUUACGAGAAGGGACUUUGCUUGCCAUCGUGGUGGAUAUCCACAGAUGAAACCAUCUGAAGAUGGAAAGAUGCAGAGAAAUCGUAAAUCAUCACGCUGUGGUUGUCAAGCAUAUAUGCGUAUUGUUAAGCGGGCAGAUUUUGAAGUCCCUGAGUGGCGUGUUACAGGAUUUAGCAACAUCCACAACCAUGAACUUCUGAAACCACAAGAAGUACGUCUCCUUCCUGCCUACUGUACCAUAUCUCCAGAUGACAAGAUUCGGAUUUGCAUGUUUGCAAAAGCUGGAAUGUCAGUACGACAAAUGUUGAGAUUAUUGGAGCUAGAGAAAGGCGUUAAGUUGGGAUGUCUACCAUUUACAGAAAUAGACGUCAGAAAUCUUUUACAGUCUUUUCGAAAUGUUGAUAAAGAUAGUGAUUCUAUUGAUCUUAUUGCAAUGUGUAAGAAACUAAAAGAUGAAAAUCCUAACUUCAAGUAUGACUUCAAAAUAGACAGGCACAACAGGCUGGAACAUAUUGCAUGGACUUAUGCUUCCUCAGUUCAGUUGUAUGAGGCAUUUGGAGAUGCGAUGGUUUUUGAUACAACCCACCGCCUGGAUGCCUAUGAUAUGCUGUUAGGCAUUUGGCUUGGAGUGGACAACCAUGGAAUGACAUGCUUUUUUGGUUGUGUGCUUCUACAGGAUGAAAAUAUGCAGUCCUUUUCCUGGGCACUGAAGACAUUUUUGGGCUUCAUGAAAAGAAAGGCUUCACAGACAAUAUUAACUGACCAUAACAUGUGGCUAAAAGAGGCUAUUUCUAUUGAAAUGCCUGAAACCAAACAUGCCUUUUGCAUUUGGCACAUUGUCGCGAAGUUUUCAGAUUGGUUUUCAGUACUGCUUGGGUCACGUUAUGAUGAUUGGAAAGCUGAGUUUUAUCGGCUCUAUAACCUGGAAUCGGUGGAAGAUUUUGAACUGGGGUGGAGGGAAAUGGUGAAUAAGUAUGGACUCAAUGCAAAUAAGCACAUUGCCAGUUUGUAUGCAUUACGGACAGUUUGGGUUUUAUCAUUCUUGCGACUGUACUUCUUUGCAGGAAUAAUGAGUACAUGUCAGUCAGAGUCAAUUAAUGCUUUCAUCCAACGGGUUUUGAGUGCGCAGUCUCAGUUGGACCGUUUUGUAGAGCAAGUAGCUGAAGUCGUUGAUUUUAAUGACCGGGUUGGAGCAAAGCAAAAGAUGCAAUGGAAACUGCAGAAAAUGAUCCUCAAAACAGGUUCACCAAUUGAAUCCCAUGCUGCCACUCUUCUUACUCCCUAUGCCUUUGGUAAACUCCAAGACGAGCUUGUGUUGGCACCGCAGUAUGCAUCUCUUCCGAUUGAUGAAGGUUGUUUCCAGGUCAGACACCAUACUCAGAUGGAUGGAGGGUGCAAAGUGAUUUGGGCUCCUUGUCAAGGGCACAUCAGCUGUAGCUGCCAUCAGUUUGAGUUUUCAGGCAUCCUAUGCAGACAUGUUCUACGUGUCCUGUCAACUAAUAACUGUUUUCACAUUCCGGAUCAAUAUCUACCCACCCGUUGGCGUGUUGUCAAUUCCUCUUCUACCAACCCCUUCCAGACUGCAUCUACAAGAGAGCAUUCUGAGAAAAUUCAGUUAUUAGAGUCCAUGGCUUCAACACUCAUAACAGAAUCAAUUGAAAUGGAGGAACGACUUGAUGUUGCCUGUGAGCAAAUUGCCAUAGCGUUAUCACGUGUUAAAGAACUUUCUAGGUCGACACAUGGUAUGAAUGAGAUUUCCUAUAAUUGUCCAUCUGAUUCAUUGAUCCUACCAGAGGUGGAAGAUGCUGAUGGAAUUGUUCGGAGUUUUACGAUCGGUCAUCCUCAUGAUUCGAUCACUUUAGGAAAGAUUAAAGAGAGAAGGCCAAAAGAUGGAACUGAGAUUACCAGAAAACGAAGGCACUGUUCAGGGCCUUGCUGUGGGCAUUUUGGACAUGAUGGAUCAGCUUGUUCAAUAAUGGGAGAUGAUGAUUUGCAUGGAGAUGCACUAGGGUACUUGUAAUGCAUCACUGCAAACGGUAUUUAUUAGAUGUAGAAAGAAUGGUGUCGCCUAUCUUGGUGUCCAUUACCUCUUUGCAAGGUGCUUUUUUUCCUCUCUCUUUUUCUCCAUUCAAGAUUCGCUGAUACAAAAAAUUUUGUUACAUCCUACUAAAGAUCUGCACCACAUUGUAAUUACAUUGAUAAACCUUCAAGUUAAGGUUUAACUUGACAUUCCUGAUAUGGUGAAUUUCACAGGCAAGAAAAAAUGACACUGGUAACAUGUUGAGUUCAUACAUAAAGUGAACCCCGUUAAAAUCA